AUGGUUGCGACACGAAACCACCCACGCGACUUCGAGCCCGCGCCAGGUGAGAGUCCGACCAAGCCAUCGCCGACGAAACGCACCACGCGCAACUCGACUGCGAACGAUGUCAAGCCCACGUCUUCUCCUGCAGCCUCCACUCGAUCGAGGACAGCCACAUCUCCAUCGUCCACGACCACCACGCGACGUCGAUCGUCAGAGUGGUCACACACUCCUUCCAACCUCACCCUGAUAUGGCUGGCGAUCAGUCUUCCCUUGGUGAUUUGGGAUACUGGCUAUGUGCUAUUGAGACCACAUUCUAUGCCGGGCGGGAGACUGCACUGGAUCUGGUCUCCCUAUGAUCUCUACGGCAGAGUAGACUAUGCUUACAGCAUGGCUGCACACGAAGAUCGAUACGGGUGGACAGGCGCGCAGGGCUUCUUCAACGCGCUGGAGACGAUCGCAUACCUGGCCUACUUGUAUAUCGUGUACACAUAUGGCGAGCAAGAGCCUAUUCAAGGAAGAGGUGCCCCGGACAAGAGCUUCAUGGGACAGUUUCGGGCUCUUAGUGAGAGCAGAACAGUGUAUGGUCGCAUUGCAGCCAUCGCAGUGCUUCUGGGAUUUACCACUGCGACCGUUACCUGGGCAAAGACGGUGCUAUAUUGGCUGAUCGAAGUGUUUUCUGGCUUCCACGGAAUCGGCCACAACGAUUGGUACAGCCUCAUCUUCCUCUGGAUCAUUCCAAAUGGUCCCUGGAUCCCGAUCCCAUUCUACAUGAUGUACGUCUUUGGGUCGGAGAUCCUCCAGGGCUUGGAGACAGCGACUGCAAGCAGUAAGAAGUCCAAGUAG